AUGUUGUUUGAGAAACUAAAAAUAUACAAUACAAAAGAAAAGCUAUUGGAAAGAUUGAAAGAACUCAAGAAAGAGGAAGAAAUGAAGAGAAAUACUCCAAUGAAAGAAAAAGUUAAACGAACUUGUAUGUAAAAUUUUGAGUUAAUAAUUUAGUUUCAACAUCUCAAUCAUAAAGAACAACAUUGAACAGUUUUAAUAGGUUGUCAACAUCCCCUAAGGUUUAAUGCAAUUUAGAUAUUGAAAAAAUCAAAAUGCCUCUUACUUUUGAAAGAUAUCAAAAUGUAACAAGAAUGACAGAAAUCCCUAUACGUUAAAAGUUUUAUUAUUAUAUGUAUUUUAUAGAUUAUCAACUCCACAACCUCCUCAAAAGAGCAUUCUUGAAAAAUUAAAUGAAUAAGAGGAAGAGAAAAUGAUUAGAGAAUUAAUUGAUAAUUUUAAGCCAGAAUUGUAUGACGAUAUGAUGGAGAAUGAUUAACAAGAAAUUGAAAGAUAAAAUGAUGAAGCACAUACGAAUUCCAUGAAACAAUUUUCAUAUCAAGACUAUAGUCCUUAAAGGAUGAAUAUGAUAAAAAAACAUCAGCAUCAUCACCAUAAAUCAAACCCAUCUCACCUCAAGAAUAAUCAGAAAUAUGAAGAAUAAAAACAGCUAUACAUUUAAUAAUUGGAAUAUAAAGGAGAUAUUAAUUAAGAAUUAAAUACUGAUAGAGGAAAAUAUUUGAGGAAAUUUCGAUUGGCUAAGUAAUCAAUAAAUAUUAUUUCUUUAGUAAGAAUUUGAAUAAAGUAUCUUAAGAGGAUUUCAGAAAGACUAUGAAACAAUUUAAUAAAUUAGAGGAUUACGCAUAAUUUUAUAAAUAAACCCCUAAUUUGUACAUAUAAUUGAACAAAAGCUCUCAUUAACAGCAAAUAUUUUAGAGUGGUCUAGGACUUGUUUAAUAAUGCAAUCACAUCUAAGUUGCAAAUGCAUAAGCACAGAUUAGAUCCCCUUAAUAAGUUAAAGUAUUUUCUGAAGCUCUUAAAACUCAGUAAUGUAAGACUAUUACACAUUUAAAGUUGAAUCACAAUAAACUUAAUUCAUUGAAGUACCCCUCAUGAUUAUAUUUUAUUAGAAUCCAAUAAUUGACCAAGUCAUUCCCAUAACAUUUGUAGGAAUUAGAUUUGAUGAAUAAUGGAUUAGAUUCUAAGUCUUGUUAGUUAUUAUCUAAAUAUAUCUAAAAAUCAUAGAUAAAGAAAGUAAAUUUAGAAAACAAUCGAAUUGGCGAUAUUGGAAGUAACGCAUUAUGCUAGGCAGUGCAGGAUCACGAUUAUUUAUUAUAUUUAAAUUUGUCCAAAAAUAAUUUAACAGAACAUUGUUGUGUUGAGCUAGCAAAUUAUAUCAAAAAAACACAGGUUCUAUUUGAAUUAUAUCUUCAUUUUAAUUCAAUAAAUAGUGUUGGAGCUGUUAAUAUUUGGAAAGCAUUGUAUAAAAAUUCAAGUGUCAAGGUCUUUGAUAUUUCAUAUAACAGAACAGCCUCUUUAGAAUGUUCUUAACAAAUGGCCAAAGUAAUUAUUAAAUAGUAUCCAGAACUAAUGCAUAUUGAUAUUUCAUAUAACGGAUUUAAUGAGGAACAGUCUAUUGAAAUAAAAAAAGCUUUAGAUUAAAAUUAGAAUAUAUAUGGAUUUCAUUAUUAAGGGAAUUGCCCAAAAUAUGCAGUUGACUCUACUGGACAUUUAAGAGAUAGAAUUUAAGAAGCUAUAGAUAUCCAAAAAAAAAUUGAUGAAUGCAAAAAGAAUCCUCAAACAACUCUAAAAUUAGUAGAUGACAAUUAAAAUCCUGAAUUAUAAAUUUAAGAAUAAUAAUAGCAUUAAUAGCAAUAGCAUAAAAGAAUAAAAGAUUUAUAAACUGAUUCAGAACUGUAUAGGAAUUUUAGAUUUCGAAGGAUUUAAGGAAUGAAGCCAAUAAAGUAAAACUACGACACUGACAGUGAAUUGGAUGCAUGUUGGAUAUGCGAUGGUUGGUAAGAAGUAAAAUUUACUUGGACACCUGGGAAAUCAGGUGGAAUGAAUAAUGACCCUAUAUUUGUUCAUAUGAACUUUGAAAAUUACAAACCUGUUUUAAUGACACUUCAUAAUGGAGAAUAUUCUGCUUAUAAAAUGUGUCCUCCAAAUUUCAGAGUCACAUAUUUUUUCAGCAAUCCUGUGCUUGGGAUCUAAACAACUGCUAAAAAUCAAUUAAUUACAUAGACUCCUCAAGAAGACCCUCUAUAUUCAACUAAACAAUCCUUUUUAUAUAAUGGAGAUAUUCUUAUUGAAGGAAACAAAAUGGGGUUCGUUAAUGAACUUUUUACUGAAGAUAAAUAGUCAAUUAUGGAUCGAUAUUUUGCAAAAAUCUUUAGUAAACCGAGAGAAGAGGAAAAGACAUUUGAUUUGACUUAAUUUUUAACAAAAACAGAAAAAUUUUGGAGUUAUGAAAUUUCCAUUUUUAAAAACUAUCAACCAGACAACGAUGAAUUAAUUGAUGAAUGUUUUGAAUAUGAUUAUGGUAGCUCAAAAAUAAAUAAAAUUAUUAAGGACCCUAUUGAAUAUAAUGAGGUUAAAGAAAUUAUGAGAGAGUAUUAUCCUUACAUUUUUGCAGCAUAUAAAUUUUUAGCAUCCACCCUAAUUGGUGCAACAAUUCCUUGUAUUUCAUCAAAUGCGUUUUCAGACUUUUUAUCAGCCACUGGAGUCAUAUCUGAAAAAUUUAGAUCUGGAGAUAUUGAUUUAAAUUUUAUAGCAACAUCAAAUGUUAAAGAUAUAAAUUAUCCUAAUGUUUAUGAAAAAGCCUUAGUGAGAUAUUAAUUGAUGGAAGUAUUAGUUAGAAUUGCUAUUGAUAAAUAUCUGAGAACCUAGAUUUGCAAGUCGAUAAAAGAGAGUUUGAGAAAAAUGUUUGAAGAGGAUGGAAUUAAAUUAAAACUCUAAGAGAUUGAUCGUAGUUAAGAUUGGAGAGAUAUGAGAUAUUGGAAUGAAUAAUGUGACAUUUUAUUAAGUAAUUAAUAUAGUUAAAUUUUCUAUUAGAGGAUAGAUUACCAAUGUUAAAAAUGCUUUUCAAAUUUACAUCUAAAUUAAAUGCCAAAUAAAAGUAUUACAAACAUAUAUGGCUAUAAUUUAAAGAUUUCAGAGAUCUAUUAAAUAAAUGUGAUUUGUAUUGCGAUAUUUUUGUUGAAAGGGAUGCUUACCUUGCUUAUUUACUAGCAAUGCAGACCUCUGUUGAUGAACUUUACUUACUAAAACAUUUCUAAAUGGAAUUUUAUGAAUUCUUAGAAACUUUGGCUAGAUGUGCUGAAAAAUUAUCUCUUAUAAGAACUAAUGAAUAAAUGACCAUCGAUGAUAGAAGAUUGCAACCUUUGUUUAAGAAAUUAGAUGCACUAACUUUUCUCAUAUAUAUUAGAUUGGGUGAAAUUAUUAAAGCAUAAUUUCGAGAAUCUGAUGAUCUUUCUGAUUUUGAUAAGUGCAUGUAAAAGACUUACGGCCAAAUACCUAAACAACCAAGUCCUGAUGAUGAGGAAAAUCCUGAGAAGAUAACACCUUAAUAAGAGGAAAAACUUUUAGAAGAGCAACUUAAAACCAUUGUUGUCCAACCUUUAAUCACUAUUGUAUAAUUUUUAUUAAUUUAGUCUUAACCAAAUAAAAAAUCGGCUGGAAUGACAUUUUUGCAGGUCAUCAAAUAAGCAUAGUAACAGAAAUAGUUAAAAAAUACAUUUAAUUUAACAAAUGUUGUAUAAUAUUUUAGGAAUAAAGAGGAAGAGUAACAACUAAAAUGA